GAGCGGGGCCGGUGUUGACAACAUGGCGGCCGCUGGCUGCUCCGCGGGAGGAAGAGGCGGAGGGAGAGGCGGCGGCGGGCGGAGGAAGGAGUCUCAUUCAUAGACGGCCCGGCUCGCUGCCCUCGCCCCCCUCCCUCCCCUUCUUCCCCCCUCCCCGGCGGCCGCCUCGCCCCCUCCCCGGCAUCAUGUCCUUCUUCAGGCGGAAAGGUAGGGGGGCGGCGGGCGGGAGGCCCGGGGCUGAGGGGCGGCCGCCGGCCCCGUCCCCCGCACGGUUGCUGGGCCCCAGCCCUGCCCCUCCGGGUACGGCGGCCGGGCCUCGAGAGGAACCUCGGCCCCUGAGGAGCGGUUCCCCCGCGCAUGACGUGAAAGGCAAAGAGCAAGAAAAGACCACAGAUGUGAAAGCAAUGAAAACUCCAAUACCAGUACAUUCCCCUCAAAGAAGCACUCGAAAUCAUGCCUUGCUGGAGGCUGCAGGACCAAGCCAUGUGGCAAUUAAUGCCAUCUCUGCCAACAUGGACUCUUUUUCUAGCAGCCGGACAGCUGCCCUAAAGAAGCAGCCAAGUCACAUGGAAGCUGCUCAUUUUGGGGACUUAGGCAGAUCGUGUCUGAAUUAUCAGGCUCAAGAGACCAAAUCAAGCCUUUCAAAGACCCUUGAACAAGUUCUGCAGGAUGGUGUAGCCCUCCCUUAUUUUAUCCAGUUUAUGGAAGUGCGCAGGAUGGAACACUUGGUGAAGUUUUGGCUGGAGGCUGAAAGCUUCCACUCCACCACGUGGUCCCGGAUCCGCGCACACAGCCUGAACACGGUGAAGCAGAGCUCGUUGGCAGAGCCGGUGUCGCCCUCCAAACAGCAGGAAAUGGUGUCAUCUUCUCCAACUGGUUUGCUUGAGGAGAGACUGGAGGAUUCUGGCACAGUCCAUCUGCUCAGGACCAAGCCAGUGGCUUCGGGCAAGAACGACAGAACUAGCAACAGCCAGAAUCACGUGCUCUUGGGGCAGGAGAGUGACGCCACCAGUGUUCUUUGUCUAAGAAAGUCAGAGACAGGGACUCGGUCUGUUCCAGCUGAUCAGCAAGAAUCUUCCAAGCUUACAGUAUCAAACAGAAACAGCCCUUCCUCUGCACUGAAAGACUUGUCAGGAAAACUCAUGAAAAGUAUAGAACGGGAUGCAGUUAGUACUUUUACCAAAUAUAUUUCUCCAGAUGCUGCUAAACCAAUACCCAUUACAGAAGCAAUGAGAAAUGACAUAGUUGCAAAGAUUUGUGGGGAAGACGGACAAGUGGAUCCUAACUGUUUUGUUACAGCACAGUCAAUAGUGUUUAAUGCAAUGGAACAAGAGCACUUUAGUGAAUUCUUGCGAAGUCAUCAUUUCUGUAAAUACCAGAUUGAGGUGCUGACCAGUGGGACUGUUUAUCUGGCUGACAUACUUUUCUGUGAAUCAGCCCUGUUCUAUUUCUCUGAGUACAUGGAGAAAGAAGAUGCAGUUAAUGUAUUGCAGUUCUGGUUGGCAGCAGAUAACUUCCAGUCUCAACUUGCUGCCAAAAAAGGCCAGUAUGAUGGGCAAGAAGCACAGAACGAUGCCAUGAUUUUAUAUGACAAGUACUUCUCACUUCAAGCCACACACCCUCUUGGCUUUGAUGACUCGGUGAGGUUAGAGAUUGAAUCCAACAUCUGCAGGGAAGGUGGUCCUCUCCCCAACUGCUUCACUACUCCCUUACGGCAGGCGUGGACUACCAUGGAGACGGUUUUCUUACCUGGUUUCUUGUCCAGUAACCUUUACUACAAAUACUUGAAUGACCUCAUCCAUUCAGUACGAGGAGAUGAGUUUCCAGGAGGGAAUAUUGCACUGAGCAUUCACGGCCUGGGGAGCUCCCCCGACAGCGAUUCUCUCGGGGGCACGGAUGGGUCUGCCUCCCAGUCCAAUGUCAAAAAGGCUAAUGUUAAAAUCCUGAAAAAUUUUGAUGAAGCAAUAAUUGUAGAUGCUGCAAGUCUGGAUCCAGAGUCUUUAUACCAACGAACAUAUGCAGGGAGGAUGACAUUUGGACGAGUCAGUGACCUGGGACAGUUUAUCAGAGAAUCUGAACCAGAGCCUGAUGUCAAAAAAUCAAAAGGGUCCAUGUUUUCACAAGCAAUGAAGAAAUGGGUUCAAGGAAACACAGAUGAGGCUCAAGAGGAGAUGGCGUGGAGGAUAGCAAAGAUGAUAGUCAAUGACGUGAUGCAGCAGGCGCAAUGCGAACAGCCGGCGGAGAAGGUGCCCAAGCUAUGAUUUUAGAAGCACCAGAACAGGAAAUCUGGUUUUUCCACCGCGAGAAUGAGUGAACUUUCCCUUUUGGUGGAUUCUUUAACACAGCCAAUAAAAACAAAGCACUGUUACUCCAGCUGCUGAACUCUCCCUCUUUGAUAAGGAAGAAUUAAAAAGAAGCAAUCCUGUACCUCCACUGUAGAGCAUGAAGAAACACUUGUUGCUGUUGUAUGUGGCAUUCACAAUAAUGAUGGUUUUUAAAGAGAUGGAGACGCAGUUAACGUGUCGCUGAGGAGCUGUGAUGGACUUCUCAAGUACUUGACCCUGUCUCUAAAAGACUUUUAAGCAAAAAUAUCUGGAGUGGGACACGAGCCACAACAGAGGGGAAGGUUUUGCUGUAGUUUCUAGUUGUACUACUUGUCAUUUUUAAACACAUAAAUUGGAAAGGCCACAGCAUUGGCCACUGGAGACGUGAACCUGAAACUGAAUUCAUUGGCAGAGGGACCUAAAAAGUUCUAAGGUUUAUUUUUCCUUACUGGAAAUAGACACAUAUUCAACUGUAAGAUAAAUGUAUUUUACUUCAUAACUACAUUAACUUUGAAGGCAGCAGAGAGUGAGCAGGAGCAAAGCCUGGACAGUGUGACUCUUCCUUGUCGAGCUCUCACACCCGCACGCCCAAAUCUCUUGCUUCCAGCGCGGAGCCGACUCAACUCCCCUUGCACUUGUCUCCCGGGCCACAGCUCCAAAGGCAGCCCAUGUUUUGAGGAGAUUGUGCCCUGUGGACUGCUCUGUUUUCUUUCCUCUCUAUUCCACAAGCAAGGGGAGGGGGGGAAAACAGUAAUUGCUGCCAUUCUCCAUAGCUUGUUCUCCUCCAGCCAACACUGUAUCUAAUUCCAGAUGUUUGGUUUGCAAAGAAAAACAGUUUUUAACAACCUCUGGCCUUCUCCCUGACAUCAUCAACAAUUGCAGCUGGCAAAACCUGUAGUUCAAGUUAAAAGAGAAAAGCCACUACAUUACACAGCACCUCUCUCUCUCUUUUUCCAGUGAAUUGAAUUUUGCAGGGGAUCCAAGUGCUCAGUGUCUCACCAUUCUGUUGUUGCUGCAUUUUUAGUGUAAGACACUUCCAUUUGGGUUUUUUUGUUUUACCCUUCUGAUUGCUUUUUUCUUUCUCCCCUCAAACUUGUGAGAAAAAAGAAAACCCAAAUAAUCACAUUGCCAAGAACUCCAAUCAUCUCCAGUGUUCAGAAUGUCCUGAUUGACUUGGCAAGUGUUAUUCUGUUGCAAUAUUUGAUUGUAGAGAGACACACUGUAUUGUUGAUAAAGCAAAAAAAAGGCUGUGUGUAGGUUUUUGGUACUAUGUACCACCUCUUAUUUCUCUCAUGCCCAAGUAUUCAUGUACUUUAAACAUACUCUAUUUAAUUGUGUUUUGAUUUAAAAUAUAUAAACAUGAAAAUU